GUGUGUGUGUGUGUGUGUGUGUGUGUGUGUGUGUGUGUGUGUGUGUGUAUGAGUGACACCUUAAUUGUGAGGGAAACGUUACUUGAAGGGGACGUUUGCCCUCACACAGGAACCACUGGUAUUUUAAUACUUGAUUUCUUUCAGUUUUUAAAUCAUAGAUCAAAAAUGCUUAGCAUAAUUUGUUAUUUUUCUUUUUGAUGGGAUCUCCAUAUGUUAUCCUGGCUGGCUUGGAACUCACUGUGAAGAGACCAGGCUACCCUCAGACUUGUAGCAAUCCUCUUUCCUCUGCUGCCCAUUCCAGAGAAUUGGAAUCCCAUGCCUGAGAUUCCAGGCGUCAGCCAUCAUGCUUCCUCUGACAUACUUUUUAAUGGCAAACAUUAUACCUUAAAACCCUGAAGAGCCAUCUUGGGCUGACUGUGGCUACCUGUUUGGUUAUUUUAAAGUGUUAAUAGGAAGGAAAAGAAAGUUCAUAUUUGAGUUCAAGAGAUUGUCAUUAGUCCUACCAUACCAUUCCAAACUUCCCAUUGUAACUGUGGUUACUGGGGGCGGAGGGACUGGAAUCCAACCGAGGGCCUUUGCAUGCCAAGCACAUGUUGUACCCCCUCACCACAUCCCCAGCCUGCAAGCACCAUAGCACUGAGCUAUGUCACUGGCCCUUUUCUGUUUUAUUGUGAAGCUGGGGAUGGAUCACACUCAUGCAUGACGAUUGUGUAAUUGCACACUGCCAAUGGCCCACACCCCCAGCCAACUAACCCCGCUCCUUAUUUACCCCCUCCCACUCUGUCCUUUCUUUACUUCUUCUGGGGAGUAAACUCAGGGUCUCUCUUGCCUAUCUUGCUAGAUAAGUGCUCUACCUCUGAACUACAUCUCCAGCCUUUUAGCCUUGGGUAAUGUUAUUAAAAUCAGCCGACUUCGUUUUAUUGUCGCAGAAUGAGGACUGAAUAUUUAAGGUCUGUGAAACAGAGCCAGCAACAAAGUAGUGUUCUUAUUAUGUUUCACCUCAUAAUUCUGCUCCAGUUGAUAAAAACAACACCUUUCCCUUCAUUCGUUUGAAAAGCAGACUGUCUGCCUGCCUGCCUGCCUUUCUUUCUUCCUUCCUUCCUUCCUUCCUUCCUUCCUCUCUCUCUCUCUCUCUCUCUCUCUCUCUCUCUCUCUCUCUCUCUCUCUUUCUUUCUUUCUUUCUUCUCUCUUUGGGGAUUGAAUCUAGGACCAGGCAUGAUGAGAUCCCAUCAGAAAACCAAGUGUACACUGAGGUACAUCCCCAAAUGUCUUUCACUCUCAAUAAAAUUAGUGCUGAAUUUUAAAGGAGAUAUUCAAGAAAUGAAGAAAUAGCAGGUCUUGUUCAAAUGCUGUUAUCAUGGACUUUGAUUUUCAUGAGUUUUUUAAAAGCCUGUGUUUCCCAAAGGCAGUGAUAAUAAAAACUAAAUAUCUUUGCUCUUAAAAGGAGAGUAACAUUGUAGAUGCUUGUCUUAAAUAACUUGGUAUGUACUAGAAAAUUUAAAUGGACCAUAAAUUUAGAUGAAGCAAUGUUUCCGAGGUAUUAUGUCAAGAUAUAAAGUUCUUCCAUGUAAUGUAAGUUUAGUGUGUCAUAGUCCUAAGCGUAAAUAUAAAACACGUUGCAAUUGUUACAUUUUAAAGAGAUUGUUUAGUAUAUAAAAAUUCUAAUCAUUGUGUUUAGAACACUUUUCUCUUUUGUUGUAAGCAUGACACAUGAAGUAGAAGCAGUAAACUGUCUUUAGAGGUAGUGAUUUGUAGAAUUGAUGUGAUUUUUAAGACAUUAAAAUUAAGCUGCAAAUGUUAUUUCUGCAUUUUUUCAUGUAUGAUUUCUUGUCAUAGCUUGAAAAAUUGGAUGAAUCAGUUUCAUUUUUAUAAUCUUUACUUUAAAAAUAAAAAUGUAUCUUGUGAUUUGUAAAUGUACCAGGAGUGGGGAUAAAGUCUGUUUAUAAUGUAAAGCUCUUUUGUAUAUUUUAAUUUCUGGACCACACUGUAGCUAGUUAUUCCAUUUAAUCUUAAGGUAAUUUAAAUCUAUAAAAUAAAUAUCUCAAUUAUAUUAUCAAUAAAAGAGAACUGAAAAUAUUUUUUAAAAUAAAUUACAUUCUAUGUCCAUUAUAGAAUCCAUAAGAUAUUAAAAGUAGUUUUUUAUCCUUGUUUGGAUGGCUUGUUUUAUUUAUCAUCUGUGGAACCUGAGAUCUACCCGAGGGUUACACGUGUUAGGUAAAGUGUUUCUUUUAAAUGUUUGCAUUAUUGAUGAGGGAAAAUGUUAACUAUAAAAUAAAAGAAUGGGAGGGCUGGGGAGAUGGUUCAGGUGAUAGAGCUGUAUGACCUACGUUCAUAUUCCUAGCACCUACAUACUAGCCAGGUUUAGUCAGUCCCUGCCUCAUAAAGUGAGGAGCCAUAGAAGGCAAUGACUGUUGAACCACUCACUGGUGUCCACACAUGUACACAUACAGGCAGACAUCAGAAUGGACAGAUGUUAAAAUUAUGAAAUGUUUCUUUUAAAAGAAUUUUUCUUUAGACUUAUCUUUCGUUUGGAUGCUUUGGGUUUUCGUUUUUUUCCAGUCAGGGCUUCUUUGUAGACCAGGCUGGCCUUGAACUCGAGAUAUGCCUGCCCCUCCCUCCCGAGCACUGGGAACAAAGGCGUGUGCUAGCACCGGCCUCCUAGAUUCACUUUUUCAAAGAUUUAUUUUGUGUGUGUGUGUGCCCGUGAGUAUGUGUAUGUACUAUGUGCAUGAAGAUGCCUUUGGAGGCAUCAGAUCCCUUGUACUGGGAUUAACGGCAGUGGGAAGCAGCCAGGUACCUACUGGAAACAGCUUCAUCCUCCGCCCUCCUCUGAAAAGCCGGAGAGAGGAGAUUGUUGUGAGGUGCGUGCGGCGAGCGUAAGCGUGACAGCUCCGCAGGUUCACUCAGGAAUCCGGUCCUGGAGGCAAGACGGCGGGAAAGCGCCUCCGCUCCUGCGCUGUGCUUCCCCGGCGCGGAGAGCGCGGGAGCCGCUGGCGCGCGGGACUUCUGCGCAUGCGCGGGGCGCUGGCUCGUCUUAGCGGCGUGAGUUGCGGGCGCUGUCGCCUUACGCUGCUGCCUGCUCUUCAGGCGGGCUUCAGCAGGAAUGGAGCCGCUGGACGAUCUGGACCUGCUGCUGCUGGAAGAGGACAGCGGAGCGGAGGCCGUGCCGCGGAUGGAGAUACUUCAGAAGAAGGCAGACGCUUUCUUUGCUGAGACAGUUCUGAGCCGAGGAGUGGAUAACCGAUACCUGGUGCUAGCCGUUGAGACCAAGCUGAAUGAAAGAGGAGCAGAGGAGAAGCACCUACUCAUAACUGUGUCCCAGGAAGGAGAGCAGGAAGUUCUGUGCAUCCUGAGGAAUGGCUGGAGUUCGGUACCAGUUGAGCCAGGAGACAUCAUUCACAUCGAGGGAGACUGUACAUCUGAGCCGUGGAUAGUAGACGAUGACUUUGGCUAUUUUAUCCUGUCCCCGGACAUGCUGAUCUCUGGCACAAGCGUCGCCAGCAGUAUUCGGUGUCUGAGAAGAGCUGUCCUGAGUGAGACUUUCAGGGUCUCUGAUACAGCCACUCGCCAAAUGCUGAUCGGUACAAUUCUCCACGAAGUCUUUCAAAAAGCAAUAAGUGAGAGCUUUGCUCCAGAAAAGCUACAAGAGCUUGCUCUUCAAACUCUCCGAGAAGUAAGGCAUUUGAAGGAAAUGUAUCGCUUGAAUCUGAGUCAAGAUGAAGUAAGAUGUGAAGUAGAAGAGUAUCUCCCCUCUUUCUCUAAGUGGGCUGACGAGUUCAUGCAUAAGGGCACUAAGGCAGAAUUCCCUCAAAUGCAUCUCUCUCUGCCAAGUGAUAGCAGUGACAGAAGUUCACCUUGUAACAUUGAAGUAGUCAAGUCACUAGAUAUUGAAGAAAGCAUCUGGUCCCCGAGGUUUGGACUGAAAGGCAAAAUAGACGUCACCGUUGGGGUCAAAAUACAUCGAGAUUGUAAGACGAAAUAUAAGAUAAUGCCACUGGAGCUCAAAACUGGCAAAGAAUCGAAUUCUAUUGAACACCGAGGUCAGGUGAUCCUGUACACACUGCUAAGCCAGGAGAGACGAGAGGAUCCUGAGGCUGGCUGGCUUCUCUAUCUCAAGACCGGGCAGAUGUACCCUGUGCCCGCCAACCAUCUGGACAAAAGAGAACUGCUGAAGCUCAGGAACCAACUGGCCUUCUCUCUGCUGCACCGAGUUAGCAGAGCAGCUGCCGGGGAGGAAGCACGGCUUUUGGCCUUGCCACAAAUAAUUGAGGAAGAGAAAACCUGUAAAUAUUGUUCGCAGAUGGGCAACUGUGCUCUUUAUAGCAGAGCAGUUGAACAGGUACAUGACACUUCCAUCCCAGAAGGCAUGCGGUCCAAAAUCCAGGAAGGAACUCAGCACCUGACGCGGGCGCACUUGAAGUAUUUCAGCCUGUGGUGCCUCAUGUUAACGUUGGAGUCACAAUCUAAAGAUACUAAGAAGAGUCACCAGAGCAUCUGGUUAACGCCUGCGUCCAAACUGGAGGAGAGCGGCAACUGCAUUGGAAGCCUGGUCAGGACAGAGCCUGUAAAGCGAGUUUGUGAUGGACACUACUUACAUAAUUUUCAGCGGAAAAAUGGCCCCAUGCCCGCCACCAAUCUGAUGGCAGGUGACAGAAUCAUUUUAAGUGGAGAAGAGAGAAAACUGUUUGCUUUGUCUAAAGGCUACGUGAAGAGGAUUGACACAGCAGCGGUAACCUGCUUGCUAGACAGGAACCUGUCAACACUUCCAGAAACAACAUUGUUUCGAUUAGACCGGGAAGAAAAACAUGGUGAUAUAAAUACUCCCUUAGGAAAUCUGUCUAAAUUGAUGGAAAACACAGAUAGCAGCAAAAGACUUCGAGAACUAAUCAUUGAUUUCAAGGAACCUCAGUUUAUAGCCUACCUCAGCUCCGUUCUUCCACACGAUGCGAAGGAUACAGUGGCCAACAUUCUAAAGGGUUUGAAUAAGCCUCAGAGACAAGCAAUGAAGAAGGUUCUUCUUUCAAAAGACUACACACUCAUUGUCGGGAUGCCAGGGACAGGAAAGACAACCACAAUAUGUGCCCUUGUAAGGAUCCUCUCUGCCUGUGGUUUCAGCGUUCUGCUGACCAGUUAUACGCACUCUGCCGUGGACAAUAUUCUCUUGAAGUUAGCCAAGUUUAAAAUUGGAUUUUUGCGUCUGGGUCAGUCUCAUAAGGUCCAUCCAGACAUCCAGAAGUUUACAGAGGAGGAGAUGUGCAGACUGAGGUCCAUUGCGUCCUUAGCCCAUCUAGAAGAACUCUAUAAUAGUCACCCUGUCGUUGCCACAACCUGCAUGGGAAUAAGCCACCCAAUGUUUUCCCGAAAAACCUUUGAUUUCUGUAUUGUGGAUGAAGCCUCUCAAAUCAGUCAGCCCAUCUGCCUGGGCCCACUUUUCUUUUCUCGGAGGUUUGUGUUGGUGGGGGACCAUAAGCAACUUCCUCCCCUGGUACUGAACCGGGAAGCAAGAGCUCUGGGCAUGAGCGAGAGCUUGUUCAAGAGGCUGGAGAGGAACGAGAGUGCUGUUGUGCAGCUGACGAUACAGUACAGGAUGAACAGGAAGAUUAUGUCCUUGAGCAAUAAGCUCACGUAUGAAGGGAAACUGGAGUGUGGAUCAGACCGAGUGGCCAACGCAGUGAUAACCCUGCCCAACCUCAAGGAUGUCAGGCUGGAGUUUUAUGCCGAUUAUUCUGAUAACCCCUGGCUGGCUGGAGUGUUUGAGCCAGACAAUCCCGUUUGUUUCCUUAAUACAGAUAAGGUCCCAGCUCCAGAACAAAUUGAAAAUGGUGGCGUGAGCAAUGUCACAGAAGCCAGACUCAUCGUCUUCCUAACCUCAACUUUUAUAAAGGCAGGCUGCAGCCCCUCGGAUAUUGGCAUCAUCGCCCCGUACCGGCAGCAGCUGCGGACCAUCACCGACCUGCUGGCACGGUCUUCUGUUGGGAUGGUCGAGGUUAACACAGUGGACAAGUACCAAGGAAGGGACAAGAGUCUCAUCCUGGUGUCCUUUGUUAGGAGCAACGAGGAUGGAACUCUUGGUGAGCUCCUGAAAGAUUGGCGAAGACUCAACGUGGCCAUAACCAGAGCCAAACAUAAACUGAUCCUGCUGGGCAGCGUGUCCUCGCUGAAGCGCUUUCCCCCUUUGGAGAAGCUCUUUGACCAUCUGAACGCAGAGCAGUUAAUCAGGAACCUUCCAUCAAGAGAGCACGAGAGUCUGUACCACAUCCUGGGUGACUGUCAGAGAGACUGAAGCACUGCACUGCUACCUGCCGUUCAUGGCAGUGAGGGGAUCACAUGGCCUAAGCUCCAGCUUAGCUUUGCUGGGAAUGCCACCCUUAAACGGAAGACGACGUUUAGCCGAAAGGUACAAAAGGACGUGAAUGUACCUUUCUCAAAGUUCCAGAUUUUUCUCUUCUGUUACCAGGCGAAAUUCUACUUUAAAAGUACUGAUGUACCCAAGACUGAGAAGUCAAAAUUUGGAAAUACUUCAAGUAUAUCUGUGUAUGGCCAAGCUGGGGGAAGUAAGAUUUCCACUUGAAAAACUUGGGGUCUGUACUGUAAUACCUAAGGUUCUGUUAGAUCUCAAGGUCAAGAUCUCACAAAUUAGAAUUUGGGGUCUGAUUCCAGAAUUGUAAAAGGUCAGACAGACUGGCUUGACUCCUGGCUAACUCUGAAUUUUGUGAUUUCCUGGGUUUUUUUAUAUUUAAUAUUAGAUGAGGUCUUGAUAUAAAACAUAUUUUUGAUGUAUUUGAUAUAAAAGAAAAAAAUUUCUGAGGAGUUUUGAUUUCUUAAUCGAUGCCAGCUUAUGAGGUAUGGCCUGUUUCAUCCUGGUUUGCCUCCUUGGGGUCAUUGCUCAACCUUUUCACUGAUGUACAGAUGUUUUUUUUUUUUUUUUUUUUUUUUUUUGCUUCUUUUUUUCGGAGCUGGGGACCGAACCCAGGGCCUUGCGCUUCCUAGGCAAGCGCUCUACCACUGAGCUAAAUCCCCAACCCCCAGAUGUUUUUAUGGAUAAAUUUACCAGCGAGUAUAUAAGGUGACAUUUUCACUUCGGGUCUUAUCUCCUGGAGUAGAAAACCUACCUCACUUUGAUGCUUCUGUCUUUUUUUAUUAAUUAAAUGUACAGUUUAAUAAAUUUUUUGUCCUGA